AAUCGUUUAAUAAUUUUUAGUAAAUCGAAACAACGCUUGUUGAAGUGUCAAACGUCAAAUUGAUAACCACAAAAAGUGCUACAUUUAUUUAUUUAAUCAUUAAAAAUGCCUCCAACUAUCCAAAACGGGAAUAACCCCCAAACGGAUAAACGCCCCGUGAAACCCGGCCAAGGAGAACGACGAUCCGAAUUGAUUUGUAAAGUUAAAUAUUGCAACACCCUCCCAGACAUUCCGUUUGAUUUAAAGUUUAUUGCUUACCCUUUUGAAUCAACAAGGUUUAUUCAAUACAACCCAACAUCGUUAGAGCGAAAUUAUCGCUAUGAAGUUUUAACAGAGCAUGAUUUAGGAGUUGCGAUCGAUUUAAUCAACAAAGACGUUUACGCAGUUGAGCCCGGUUCUUUACUCGACCCCGCCGAUGAAAAACUGCUUGAAGAAGACAUUUUAACACCGCAAGAUUCGAAAAGAUCUCGCCAUCAUGCUCGUUCUGUGUCAUGGUUACGCCGAACGGAAUAUAUUUCCACAGAACAAACUCGCUUUCAACCCCAAACGAUGGAUAAAGUUGAAGCGAAAGUCGGUUAUAGCAUCAAAAAGAAUUUAAAGAAUGAGACUUUGUAUAUGGAUCGCGAUUCGCAAAUUAAGGCGAUUGAAAAGACGUUUGAAGAUUCGAAGGUGGUUAUAGAGAAGCAUUAUAGUAAGCCGAAUGUUGUUCCAGUUGAAACACUUCCGGUUUAUCCAGAUUUUAAAUUGUGGAAGUAUCCUUGUGCUCAAGUCAUUUUUGAUAGCGAUCCAGCCCCGGUUGGAAAACAAAUGCCCGCUCAAUUAGAAGAAAUGUCUCAGGCGAUGAUUCGAGGUGUUAUGGAUGAAAGUGGCGAGCAAUUCGUUGCCUACUUUCUCCCAGUUGAAGAAACCUUACAAAAACGUCGCGAAGAUUUUGCUAAUUUCAUUCCAUACCAAGAUGACGAAGAAUACGAAUACAAAAUGGCUCGUGAAUACAAUUGGAAUGUUAAAAGUAAAGCAAGUAAAGGUUACGAAGAAAACUAUUUCUUAGUUAUGAGACAAGAUGGGAUUUAUUACAACGAACUCGAAACUCGCGUCCGUUUAAGUAAACGCCGUCAAAAAAUAGGCCAAGCCCCCAGCAACACUCGUUUGGUCGUUAAGCAUCGCCCCAUGGACGAACAAGAAUUCCGAAUGCAACGUUAUCGCGAAAAACAACUCGAACCGCCCGGCGAAGAAGAAGAUGAACCAGAAAUGGAACCCCAAGUUGAAGAUACACAAAAUCAAGACGAUUCGGAAAAAUCAGAUGCAUCCCGAGCAUCGUCUCCGUCAUCUGAACGAUCUAAAUCAAGGUCGAAAUCUAAAUCGAGAUCGCGUUCGGUUUCUCCCGCAAAAUCUAAAUCGAAAAGCCGUUCAAGGUCGCGAUCUAAAUCACCUUCUAGGUCAAAAUCUCGAUCAAGAUCUUCUUCGAGGUCGAAAUCUAGAUCGAGAUCGGCGUCGAAAUCGCCGUCAAGGUCUAGAUCAAGAUCAAAAUCGGCUUCGAAAUCACCAUCAAGGUCUAGGUCGGGAUCUGAGUCAAGAUCUGGGUCAGGGUCGGAAUCAGGGGAUAAAUCUGACAGUGAAUAAAUAAUUCAUUAAAAUGUUAUCUAACAAUUAAUUAAUUAAUAAAAAUUAAUGAUAAAU